GCAGCUACAGUCACCUCUGCCUGUUACACCUCCGCCUGUGUCUCCUCCCAAGUCACCCCCGACUGUGAGACCCUUUGCUACCACCGUGGUUGUGAAGGGAGAGGUUUCACGUCCACGUCCCCUUGACCCCUUCAAGGAAACUGUCGUCGGACGUCGCGGAAAGCGCAGCCAACCUGAGUCCUGGGAUGCGCCUGAGGACUGGGAUCAGUCUUCCGUGCGGAUCCUUCCUGAUGAGGUUUGUGUGCCUCCUCUGGUCCUGAGGGAGUGCUUUGUCGUGCUAAACCCUAUCCGGUUUAGCACUGACAAGUUGGCUGCAAUGGAUCGCAUUGUUCCAUCCAACCUUGACGUCCCCAUGGGGAAUCGCUCAAAGAAACGGAAGGUGGCACAUGGAACCACGGCUGUGGUCUCCAAAGGAAAGAAGGCCCGCCUUGAGGUUGGUAAUUUCUCAUUGAAAUAUGUACUUGUUUUUUGGUUGAAACACAGGAACAACUAUUUUUUGAUUUCGCCUUUAAUACAAGAGAUAGUCCAACAUUCUCUGUGUAGGUAUUGUUUUGCCAAUGAUUUACAAUUAUUUUCCAGGCACUUCAAACUCCAGCAAGGAUUGCCAAACCUUCGAAGCUGGUACCUCCCCCUCGACCUGUGCCAGAAGCUGCUGUGCCAGCCACUCUGGAGGGCGUACCUCCUCCUCGACCUGUGCCAGAAGCUGCUGUACCAGCCACUCUGGAGGGCAGCGUCUUUGUGCCUUCGAGCAAGUUUGCUCAACCGGAGGGGGAUGACCAGACUCUGUGUGUUGAUGAGGUGGCCGUUUCUUCAAACAGAGUUUUGUGAGAAGGUGAACCAGCCAACUCCUCGGGUUGUCUCUGGACAGAGAAAACAAGAGGAGCCAACACCUUGGGGUCCAAAAGUUGUGAUGGCCCAGGCUGAUAAACCAACAGCCAAUGAGACCAGCUUCUUGGGAUGUUCAACCAAGAUGACACACAUUGAGGACCAUGAGCCGUUUGAACCAGCACCUGAGGUCACUGCAAGCAGUCAGCAGCAGAACCUGCCUGAGGACAAUGGCCAGCUUGAAGAUCCUCAUGUAACACUUGGCAAUCAGAAGGCACCCUGUGAUUUUGCACCUGCCAGAGCUGCUACAUCAAGUCAUGUGACUUAUGACAACCCUGGGUGUCUUCAAGGAUCGUUUGACCAGAGCAGCCACAUAUUCGGGGAAAAAUGCAGAUAG